AUGGAAAUAGGCGUUGUGGUCAUGAUGUAUAGCGAUGUAGCCUUGCCUAUGCGCCGAAUUCAUGGCAUUGGCAUUCCCUCCAUUUUUAUUAUGCGUAUGCUUCACGAACUCAUCAAAUUACUGCACCAUGCCCGGUGCUGUGAUGUUACCAUUAUCAGAACUGGUACAUCAGGGAGAAUAGGCCAGGGUCUACUAGAUGGAGCGCUGUGGUCCUUUUCCAGAGGAGAAAAGUUUGACUGCUUGAAGAGAGCAUAUAAAGCCGGCAUCAGGAAUACUGAAACGGAAUCUGCAGUGUCCUUGGCUACACGUAGAAAUUGUGAUCUAAAAGAGCAUGAGCAGGGGAGGGUCAGGGACAGAGAGGGACAGAGGAUCUGAAGCGGGCUAUGCACUGACAGCAGAGAGCCGAAAGUGGAGCUCAAACUCAAGAACCACGAGAUCACAACCAAAGCUGAAGUCGGACGCUCAGCUGAGCCAUUCAGGUGCCGUUUUUAUAUAUUUUUAAUCAAGAUGAGCCUCUAUCAUUUUAUUUGAUUUAUCCUAGUUCUCCUCUCCUACCCUCUAUCCAACUCCUCCCUCCCCUCAUAACAACACACUCACGUAUUAGAGGACCAUUUAGGACCACUAACUGAAUCCCUUGUAUGGUUGGCAUUGUUUGUGACCCACUCCUCGCUAUGACCCCAGGGAGGCUUCCUGGGUGCCCCCCCUGGAGCCCACCCCCACCCCAGCACAUCAGGCUCUAUCCUCUGCCCAUCCUGACAUGUCUCUGGUUGGCAGUCCAGCACCCAGCAGACAAUCAAGAACCCAUGGCUGCAGCUGGACCUCCUGGAGAUGACAGCAUGGUCCUUACACCAGCAAGAGGAAGGGAAGCACGUAAGCUGAGGGUGUGGACUUGGGAGAGACCUCUGAGAUCCAACCUGCCCCUUUCUCAGAGAGUGAAAGGAGGCAACCUGCUUAAGGAAAGCCAGCUAGACAGAGAAAGACAGAUGGACUAGAACUGAGAUUUCCCAUCCCCUGAUCCCCACUCCCUCCACUAUUUCAUAAGGUAUAAAAGAGUAACAUAUUUAUCUACUGACA